AAUUGGUCAGCAUUGGAGUCUUUGAAAGGGAACGGCUGUGAUUGGCUGUAGGCCAUUUACAUCGCUGCCGCAAGACCCAUCCAAAAAUAGACCCGAGUGUCGCUGUCAGGUUCAGUACGUUAUUCUCUAUCACGAACGAAUCGCGAGCACAUUUGUGAACAUGGGAAACCCCAGAGUUUUCUUUGACAUCACAAUUGAUGGCGCUAACGCCGGCAGAAUUGUAAUGGAGCUCCGGGCUGAUGUGGUCCCAAAGACUGCAGAAAACUUCCGUGCUUUGUGCACUGGAGAGAGAGGUUUUGGCUACAAAGGCUCCACAUUUCACCGUGUGAUCCCUAAAUUCAUGUGCCAGGGUGGAGACUUUACCAACCACAAUGGAACAGGGGGCAAGUCCAUCUAUGGAGAGAAAUUUCCUGAUGAGAACUUUCAGUUGAAGCACACAGGCAUGGGGACACUGUCCAUGGCCAAUGCAGGGCCCAACACAAAUGGUUCCCAGUUCUUCAUCUGCACAGCCUCAACUGACUGGCUGAAUGGGAAGCAUGUGGUGUUUGGCAACAUUGUGGAGGGUAUCGAUGUUGUCAAGGCAAUGGAGAAGCAAGGCACAAAGAGUGGCACAACUAAAGCCAAGAUUGUCAUUGCUGACUGUGGCGAACUAAAAUAGUGUAACUCAUUCCCUUAUCAGAUAUAGCCUUUAUCAUCCACGCCAGUCAGUUUUUAUGGUUCAGCAUAUCAACAGUCAGAAUGGGGAAAAACACCAAGUUGACCAACUUUCUCCUUCUAAAAUGUUUCUCUGCUGUGUUGUCAUUUGUCGUGUUACUUUUUGUUUGUUUGUUUAAAUAAUUUAUUUUGUUUUAUUUCUUUUUACCUAUAACAUUAUCCUUUUCAUGAUCACAUUUGUUAACAAAAUCUAGAUAAAAUGGUGGUGGUGUUAUAAAUAAACUAAUUGAAAGCAUG